UUAAAGAUUUUUGUGUUUUUAUUUUCUAUUUGUAGGAAAUUGGAAAUAUUUUAAAUAAAUUUCUUUUCUUUCAGAAUACUUAUACGAUUACAAAAUUGAUAGAAGUAAUAUGAGCCUACAACCUAGGGGUUUGAUCAACAGGAGCACAUUCUGUUAUAUAAACUCCAUAUUACAAGCCCUUCUAGCAUGUUCACCAUUAUGCCAAUUACUGAAAGGACUUAAUUAUACUUCGAAUGGAAUCAUCACCUCAACACCUUGCAUCGAAAUCAUGUGCGAAUUCUUCAGCCAAUUUAAGGAGUUUUCUGGUGCACCUGAAACUCGUUUAUCGAAAAAAAAUAAAAAUAAACGAAGAAACUUCGAUGCCUAUUGUGGAGAUUCCCUCGAAGGCAGCAAGAAGAUGCCGAAGAAUUUCUGGGUCUCCUUUUGA